AGGAGCAGCUCGGUAAAGAGCGCUCGUAAUGCCGGCAGGGCCGCUAACGACGACAGCCUGUCGGAGGAUGACAUACUUGAGCAGGCGUUGCCUGGCUAUCUGCGGAUACGGCGGAGAGAAUUUGAUCAAGGCUACCGCGCGCAUCGGACAGCCGGCUUGCGUCUGCCGCCCACAUAUGAUGAUAUUUACUUCUCAGACGACGAAAUGCAGCUUCAAGAAAAACCGCAGUUCGACAAAAGAAGCGGCAUAAAGCCGAGCCAUGAGUACAAGGACAUUGUACUGGAGCAUUCCGCAGGCAUUAUCCCGGCUUCAAUUGCUCAAUACCUCCGCGACUAUCAGAUUGAAGGCGUCAGAUUCCUCCAUCAUCUGUUUGUCUAUCAGCGAGGCGGUAUACUGGGCGAUGACAUGGGCCUUGGAAAGACGGUCCAGGUCGCUGCAUUCUUGACAGCGGCCUUUGGAAAGUCUGGUGACAAUCGCGACGCCAAACGUAUGCGUAAAUUCAGGCGAUACAAGGACGAAUGCGAAUGGUAUCCGCGCGCACUCAUCAUCUGCCCUGGCUCCUUAACGCAAAAUUGGAAGAACGAGCUCGACAGGUGGGGUUGGUGGGCAGCAGACCUCUACCACGGCGCAGGCAAAGACGACGUGUUAGGUUCUGCGCGGGCUGGUCGGCUUGAAGUCAUGAUUACUACAUACGUGACUUAUAAGAAUCAUUACGAACAAAUCAAUCGCGUGGAUUGGGAUGUCGUCGUGGCUGACGAAUGCCACACGAUCAAGGAAAGCUCGGCGGGGGUGACGGUCGCGAUGAACCAAAUCAAUGCCCUAUGUCGCAUCGGACUAACGGGGACGGCGAUCCAGAACAAGUACGAGGAGUUCUGGACAUUGUUGAACUGGACUAACCCAGGCCAGUUCGGCACUGUGGGUGAAUGGAAGCGCACUAUCAGUAGGCCUCUCGCAGUCGGCCAGUCUCACGAUGCAACAAGACAACAGCUUAGGGAUGCACGAGAUGUUGCGGAGAAGCUGGUCAAGAAUCUCCUGCCGCGCUUCUUUCUACGACGCAUGAAGAGCCUGAUCGCUCACCAACUACCGAAGAAAAGUGAUCGCGUGGUCUUUUGCCCUCUCUCUGAUCUCCAAAGAGAAUCAUAUGAGAACCUCCUAGAGAGCCCCAUCGUGGAUUUCGUUCGUAGCGCCUUUCAGCCAUGUCGGUGCGGCUCGGGAAAGAAAGGAGGCUGGUGCUGUAAUGUGGUCACCAGGGACGGGGAAUCCUGGAAGUCACUCGUGUUUCCGAUCAUCAUGUCGCUUCAGAAACUCUGCAGCCACUUUUCCUUACUCAUUCCCCAGCAGGUCGACCUAGUUGAUAAGCAGAAACGAGAGCUGCGCUUCUUACAGGCUGCUCAACCCGAUAGGUGGGAAGAGUUCUUGAGACAACGCGAGUCACUUCUGCACCUCGCGAACCCGGACUUCUGCGGCAAAUGGAAGGUCUUAAGGCGGCUCCUCAAGUUCUGGUUCGAGGCUGGAGACAAGGUGCUCGUCUUCUCACAUAGUGUUCGACUAUUACGGGUCCUGCAGUAUCUGUUCAACAACACGUCCUAUUCGGUAAGCUAUCUGGACGGUUCACUGAGCUACGAGGAUCGCCAGAAGACGGUCGAUGAUUUCAACUCCGACCCAAACCAAUUCGUUUUCCUCAUCUCCACCAAAGCUGGAGGCGUAGGACUUAACAUUACCUCGGCGAACAAGGUGGUCAUCAUGGAUCCGCACUGGAAUCCAGCCUAUGACCUACAGGCCCAGGAUCGCGCGUACCGUAUAGGCCAGACUCGCGACGUCGAUGUGUUCCGCCUAAUAUCCAUUGGCACAAUCGAGGAAAUCACAUACGCGAGACAGAUCUACAAACAACAGCAAGCGAAUAUCGGCUAUAGCGCCUCGAAUGAGCGAAGAUACUUCAAAGGUGUUCAGCAGGAUUCAGAGCGCAAAGGAGAAAUCUUUGGUAUCGAAAAUCUCCUCUCCUACCAUGGCGAUCAGGUUGUCCUGCGUGACAUUGUCAACAAAACCAACGUAGCUGAAGCUCGAGCCGGCGUGCAGCUCGUCGAUUUUAAAGCAGACGAAGCGAUGAAAGAAGAACCUGCUAUCGCCAUCAAGGAUGAGGCCGAUCUAGACGAUGGUGGCCUCAAGUCGUUGUCUAAUAUGCUUACCAGCUCUCCAGAGACCGAAGGCGCCAUCUCAGAGAGGACUGCAACCAAGGAGAGUGACCAAAUUAGAGCGAUCUUGGCUGGAGCAGGGGUUGAGUAUACACAUGAGAACUCUGAAGUGGUGGGAUCGUCCAAAAUUGAGGACAAACUCUCACGCCGAGCGCAACUGGCAACGAGUCAAGACAUCGAGGACGACAGAGCCCUGUUCUUUGACAGCCAAGACAUUAGCGCCAUCAAGUUCAACUGCGAGUUCAAUCCGCCGGAGGACGUCCGCCAGAGACAAUUUUGUACAAUGGCUCGAACGUUUGGAUUUGCUACCGCGACGGAAUUCGCCUUAGCAGUCGAAAGUAUGACACAGGAGCAGCGGCGGAACACACUCGAGCUGUUUUAUGAGAAGAGGAUGCAACAGGUGAAGAGCCUGGGCCAGCUCAAAUCAGAGGUCAAGGGCGAGGAGUCAUCUGAG